UAUCGGGGCGCAAUUUAUCUAAAAUAGUGUUUAUUUUUGUCACAAUAAGAGUUAGUAAGAAAAUCAAAUAAUAUAAUUUUUACAUUUUUUAUAGAUUCACUUCUAGAUAUUCCAAAUAAAAGUGUCUUGAGUCAUUGCCUGGUUUUAUUUUUACCCCAAAAAUAGUUUGUACAGAAGUUUUUUUUCUGAUGUUUUGUUGAAGUUCAGGUUAUGUUGCAUUUCAUAGUUCUAGUACUGAACGAAUACUUAAAUUAUUUUCUUAUACUGGCGUGGCUGAAAGUGCCACUUCACAGUUUCGUUUAACUCGAUUUGCAGAAAUAGAAAGUGAAACUUAAGUCAAACAGCUGGUACUUGCCAUAUACUAUUUAAACGCAUGAUUUCCACACGCAUCACCAGAUACGCCCGCAGUCCACUGGUAACGGAAGCUUUGCAAACAGAAAAACAAUGCUUGAGGAGGAACUUAAGAAACUGGACUGCCACUUCACUUGGGACUUACAGAAAGAGGACGCUGAUCUUAAUUUCCUGGAGAUCAAAUACUCGGAGAGUCUGUCUGUCGAAACUCAGUAUGAAGAAAAUUUUAGACAAAGACUCUUAAAUUUUUUGGCCUACAUUAAACACUUGCAAGGUUUCAAUGACAAGGCUCUCGAGUGUUUGGAAAGGGCGAAGAAAGAUUCACAAUGUAUUGUUACAUAUGGAAAUUUAGCCUGGUUGCACCAUCACAUGGGUAGUGAAGAUAUGGCCAAACGUUAUUUGGAGAAACUGUCAGAAAUUUCUGGAGCUGUCCCUAGUCCAGUUAAGGCUGAGUUGACCCGUGAAGUCCAGAGUGAAAAGGCAUGGUCUCUCCUUUGGUUCUCCAAAAAGCACUACAGCAGGGCCAAAGAGAGCUUUCAAGAGGCCCUAGAGGAAGAACCGGAAGACAGGGAGUGGAACACUGGCUAUGCCUUCUCCCUGUUCCACAUGGAGGGCCUGGAGAUCAGGGAGGACAAACGUGUGCCUUUCGAAGACUCCUCUGCAGUAGCCCAGCUGAAGAAAGCCCAGAAACUGGACCCAGACAACGCCAUGAUCCAUGUCUACCUGGGGCUAAAGUGCUACAAGAACAAGAGGAACGCUGAGGCAUGGGAGCACAUGAGGAAAGCUCUACGCAUGGCUCCAUAUAACCUCAAUGUAGUCUUGCAUGUGGCUAAGUUCAUGAAGAAGGAGGAGUGUUAUGACAUGGCACUGGAGGUGCUGCAGAAAAUGUUGGAGAAAGUGCUAGACUCUUCACGUUUGCACCAUGAAAUUGCCAACAAUUACCGCUGGAAAGCCAAGCAGUUGCAAGAUAUUCACAACCCACAGCUAUUGCGCCUCUGCGUCCACCAUUUAGAAGAGGGCGCCCGCUUAAAUCCAGAUUUCCUCUACCCGCAGAUGGAGUUAGCGCUUAGGUAUUCCGAGCUUAAGAACUGUGGUAAAGCAGAGCAGAAAUUUCAGGAGCUGUUUGCCCGCCCAAACCUGAAGCCAGCUGACCUCCAGGCCUGGCAUCGCCUGUAUGGAGACUUCAACCUGUACCGCCUGGGCUCAGAGGCAACGGCAGUCAAGCAUUAUAAAGAGGGCAUGGCACUGCAAAACAUAUCCACCGAAUGGAGGAACUGUAAAAACAGACUCUACAAAGUCCUUCGCAAUAACCGAAAUGAUGUGUACCAGAUUCGAGAGUUCAUGAAUUCUUUAAGGAGAGGAAAUAUUGUUGGUACUGAGGAGUAGACUGCCUAUAAGUCUGCAAAAGACUAUGCUUUAGCUGUUACUUUGUAUUCUUUACUUUGUAUUUUUAUUACUGAACAUUAUUCUGCAGCCAAUGAUUCCAACUACCAAAAGCCUAACAUCUUGGAUCAGACAUACCCAGAAAAUACGAUGAUUAAAAUGUCCUAUGGCAGUGCACUGCAAAUUUUUGUGGUUUCCCUGCUCUGACACACCCAUUCUAACUUCAUGAUGGGCUUUCAUUACCUGACUCAUCAAAUCAGGUGUCUUAGUACUAAAAUGUGCAGUGCACUGCCAUAGGACAUUUUAAUUAUUAUAUUUUCCAGGACCAAGAUUGGGAAACUCUGGACCUGUAGUAUAUUACUAAGAUACAGCCUAUUGUAUUUUAAAAUGUGUAAUUUCAUUGUUUUUUUCUUGCAUUUCAUUAAAAACUAACUGUAUUAUGUUCAGUCUUUCACUUACAGAAAAAAUCGUAACCAUAUUAAAGAACAUAUUAACUGUCCUAUGUAAUCAUAAUUGUUCAACUAUGUAAACACAUUCUGAAAAAAUACCAUGUCUUUAU